AUGGCGAACAUCGGAGGCCCAAGGCCGGCGAAGCGGAGGCUGCUCAUUACCUCCGUAGAAUCCGUACUCCUGUACGGCGCGGAGAUCUGGGCUGGAGCCCUCCGCUUCGAAAAGUACCGCCGCAGACUAGCGGCGGUUCAAAGGAGGUGCGCGCUCCGGGUGGCUAGUUCCUACAGAACUGUCGCGGAGCCAGCUGUGUUGGUGAUAGCUGGAAUGCUGCCCAUAGACCUGCUUGCCCACGAGCGCAAGCAGGUCUACGAGGCGAAGAGGAGCGGCCAGGACACGGUUGAUGCGAAGAGGGUGGCUCGAGAGGCCACCCUGCAUCGCUGGCAGCAGCGAUGGAUGGAAGAGGCAAGGGGGCGCUGGACGGCUAGUCUAAUUCCAAGCCUCGCCCCCUGGCUCAAUAGGAAACACGGCGAGGUGGACUACUACCUUACCCAAUUUCUGAGCGGGCACGGGUACUUCCGUGCGUACCUGUUCAGGAUGGGUAAGGCCACCCCGCCAAUGUGCGGUUAUGGCUGCCAGGAUGCAGGGGACAGUGCCGAGCACACCCUCUUCCGAUGCGGACGCUGGGCGGCCGAGAGAAAUGCCCUCCAGCAGGAGGUUGGCCCCAUCACCCCCGACAACAUCGUGGGAGUGAUGCUGCAGACAUUGCAGACCUGGAGCGCCGUCGCCAAUUAUGUGCGACGGUUACUCCAGCGGAAGAAGAAGGAGGAGAGUCGGUGGAAUCCCCUAAAUACAGUCUAG